GGUUUGAGUCCUAAAUCCAUUAGAUCUAGAACCCCUCGUAAUCAUUUACGCUUUCCUGUUAUACGCCCUUUAUGUUAAGCCUCAAUAACUAAGGUAUUUCUACUGUCCCAACUUCAUAGAUUGAGCCCCCACCCGCGACAAGUUACAACUUAAGAUGGCAAGCGGAGAUCUCCAGUUCCGCAUCGCGACCCCAGACGACGCGGCGCAGAUCCAACAGCUGCUGAAUUCCGCGUUCCGCGCGGAAGACAGCAGAGAAAACUGGACGGGGGACAUGGGCCUCGCGUCCGAGUUCAACAUCGCAGUCGAGGAGAUCAUGCGCAACAUCACCGCGCCCGACAGCGCGUAUCUCAUGGCGACCGACGAGAGGGGCGUCUUGACGGGCUCCGUCGGGGUCUCCAAGCGCGGGGCUGACGUGGGCCGCAUCUACAUGCUCGCGGUCGACCCGCACCGGCACCGGGGAGGCAUCGGACGCAAGGUCCUGGCUUUCGCCGAGGAGUACUCCCGGCAGAGAUGGGGCGUUGGCAAAAUGAGUCUCAACGCGCUGUCGACCCGCCUGCCGCUUCUCGAGUGGUACUUGCGCUGCGGAUAUCGAAAAACGGGAGAGUUGACGCCGGUCCCGCGCGAGUGGUUCAAGGACCGAAUUUUGCCGGACGACUUCUGUUUUGUCGAAUUUGAAAAGGAUUUGGUUACGGAUCCUUCUGCUGCUGGUGCUGCUGAUACAGCAUAAUAGAUGAAUGUUGUCUACGAAAAUUCCAUGACCACGCUACACGAAUAAAGGUGAUUAAGAGUUGAAGUUGAAGGACGACAGUCGAUAUAUCGCAGUUUGGGCUAAAAGGGGUAUGUCGUUUCUCGUAGCUACUACCGACUGGAUAUAGCCAAAAGGCAGGCGGCAAUCCUCAUCUAUAUGAAAAUAAACGUUACCAAAUAGAUAUUCGAGAUCGACUACCGUUUGUCCAUUUUCAAACUAUUUGGCGGUCUCGUUCGUUCAUGCGUUCUACUUUCCGCCCCCAAGAAUCAAUUUGGGGUUUGUCGAUCUUCGAAUUCAACCGUUCUGCCGUCUACGGCAUGUGUCCUAACCUCGACAGUCAAGUUGCCAAGCCAAGCGUUACGCACAGGCACAAAAAGGUACGACCUAACUUCAGAUAAUAGCGUGUUGAAGUGGAACAUGUCGUGCUUCGUAUUCCCAUUUCAUACAUCAUCAUUUACUUGAGGCGCUAUUCCGAACAUAAAGCACGUGGAUUUAGAUGGACCGCAAUCUAAUGUUAAAUGUUACUACGUAAUGCUCUCUAUUAGUAGAAGAUUCCCACUUAGACCCAGCUAA